AUGAUGUGGACCGUAUUCAUCAUCGCUGCAGAUGCACUCGCAGGGUUCUCCCUCCCCUACGGCCCCCCCCCCCGCACUGAUAUUAUUUCUUGUCCAUCUCCCCUGCGCCUCCAAGCACUCCCAUUUGCCUCAAUCCAUAAGGAUAUAUCUCCAUUCCUCAGAGCAAUGCUUUCCUCCCGUGGUAAAAAGAAUGCAGACACGUUCGAUAUCCCCUGGCGUUAUGCCGUUGCGCCGACAUACAACAAGGAAACGAACCCUGGAGGCGUUAUCUCCCUCGGAUUGGCAGAGCAUGUCCCAGUACGAACUGACGUAGCUGAGUAUAUAAACAAUAACGUGAAGUUCAACACAGACUCAAUCUGCUACGGCUCGAUGGCGGCCGAGCAACCUCUUGCAGGUGCCGCGGCCUCCCAUCUAAACAAGUAUUUAAAGCCUCGCAAACCUAUUGAUCCUGAAAUGGUGGUGAAAACGAACGGCUGCUCCGCGGCCGGAAACAUGCUCGCCUUUGCUCUCGCUGAAGCUGGGGACGGGGUCCUUAUUAGUAGGCCUGUAUAUGGCCGGUUUGAGCUUGACUACGGAGUUCAGGGUGGUGUUGAAAUUGUUUAUGCGGAUACGGAUCCCGACGAGGCGUUCUCUACGGCUUGUAUUGAGAAGUAUGAGAAGGCACUGGCGGAUGCAGAGGCGAAGGGCGUCAGGAUAAAGGCAGUGGUUAUUGUCAACCCGCAUAAUCCUGUUGGCCGAUGUUAUCCCACAGAUACUCUCAUUGAGAUCCUGAAAUUCUGUAACAAGCAUCAGCUUCAUCUCGUUAGCGAUGAGAUUUAUGCAUUAUGCGUAUUUGACUCUGGGUAUCCGGAUGCACCCACUUUUACGUCUGUGCUGUCUCUCGCUACGCCGGACUUAAUUGAUAUAAACCUGGUGCAUGUAUUGUACGGGUUUAGCAAAGACUUUGCUUCUGGUGGUCUCCAUUUGGGAUUCAUAGUUUCUCACAACGCCGAACUCCGUAAGGCGCUAUCGGCCAUAGUGAGAUUCCACGGUCCCUCAUCUGCAGUAGAGACGAUUGGAACGACAAUCUUGCAAGACGAGGAGUUUGUGGCCAAUUUUGCCGAGAAAUCGAGAAGAGAUCUCGCCCACUCCUACCGGAUAACUACAUCGAUCCUUGACGAGGAGGGUAUCAACUACAUCAAGGGAGGUAAUGCCGGUUUCUUCGUGUACAUCGAUCUAUCGCCAUACUUGCCCAAUGAUGGGACACUACAGCCUCAAGAGCGUGAAUUCACCCUUGCGCAGAAACUCCUCGAUAAUGGACUCUUCUUGCACCCUGGCGAGGAGCACUGUAAGGACUUAGGUUGGUUCAGGUUGGUCUACUCACAUGACGAGCAUGUUUUACGAGAGGGGUUAGGGAGAUUGGUCAAGACCAUAAGGUCCUAA